AUGGAUAUUGCCUUACAAAUGCGCACUAACUCACACAUUGUCGCUGCCCUCAAAGAAAUCGUCGUCGAGCAGCAACACCACUCCUGGAGGAAGCUCCGAAGAAGUUCCCACUCUGCGGUGGCGUCAAUGCUGGCAUUGUCUGCAUUGCUUGCCCUCCUCUCUAUGUUUAUGUUAAGAAACUAUGACAUGAUUGUUGUCUAUGUAAUGGUGGUUUUGGAUUUCCUAUUGUUUAUUGUAUUUCUAGCUUGUGCUCAUGUUGCUAGUAGUUCUUGUUCUGGUGAAUUGGGGCUGAGGGAACUGACGUGGUAG